AUGAACGAAGGUGAUUCUCAAACCGUGCCUCUGGACAGCAUGUACGAGGAACUGGUUGUUCACGGCAACAGAGAGUUCCAACGGUAUGCCCUGGACAACAAUAUAUACUUCGCCCCAGUUGACGAGGACGAAAUCGAAUACAUGCAGUACUUGCAUGGAAUUCUCAACAUGAUGUUUGAGAACCGGGCCAUUUUCCCUCCGAUUCCACGACCAAGAAGAAUCCUGGAGUGCGGGUCGGGAUCUGGAGCGUGGGCGAUGGAGGUGGCCGAGCAGCACCCUGAAUGCGAGGUGAUUGGAAUCGACAUUUACCCUUAUCCGGUGCCGGAAGACAUACCCUCAAACCUAGAUUUGCAGAUUGACGAUCUAAACAGUCCGUCGACCUUUCCUUCGAAUUACUUCGACUUGGUCAAUAGUCGGUUGAUGGCAGGAGGGAUCCAUGCAAACAGGUGGAUGAAUUAUUUGCGUGAUAUAUGGAGAGUUCUCCGCCCUGGUGGAUGGUGUCAGAUGGUGGAGAUACACUUCAACGCACAGUCGGACAACGGGACGCUUACCGAUAACCAUGCUCUUCAAGUAUGGUCGCAAAAUUACUUGCAGAGUGUACAGCCAACAAAGGAGCCGAGAGCGGCCCCGCGGCUCCGGAACUGGAUGACCCAGGCGGGCUUUGUCGAUGUUGAGCCACGAAUGUUGAUUUUGCCCCUGAGUGGAUGGUCAACAGAUCCCCGAGAGAGUGCAAUAGGUAGUGCGACGCAAGCGAUCACCCACCGCCUUAUGUCGUCGCUUUCUACAUACCCCUUCUCGCAGUUCCUCAGUAUGAGCAACGCGGAUAUCCAGCUCCAGAUAGCUCAAGCCCGUAGUGAAGCUGACGACCCGAACUUCAAGGUUUAUUACGUUUGUAUCGGAAGAAAACCCGGGAGCAGCAGCAGGUCGCACGCGCAUGGCGAGGGCCGCAGCCAUCAAUCGUCGAAAAGCGGAAGACACGGAGACUCAAGGAAACGGGCGCGACAUUGA